GUAUAAUGGAUCCCUCCCCAAUGGUGACAGAGGACGCAGGAAAAGCAGAUUUGCUCUUUAUAAACGACCUAAGGCCAAUGGAGUUAAGCCAAGCACUGUGCAUGUCAUCUCUACUCCCCAAGCAUCAAAGGCAAUCAGCUCCAAAGGCCAUCACAGUAUCUCUUUCACGUUAUCCAGAAGUCAGACUGUUAUAGUGGAGUAUAUUCAUGACAAAGACACAGACAUGUUUCAGGUGGGGAGGUCAACAGAGAGCCCCAUAGACUUUGUAGUGACAGAUACUAUUUCUGGAACUCAAAACAAUGACGAAGCUCAGAUUACCCAGAGCACCAUAUCCAGAUUUGCCUGCAGGAUUGUUUGUGACAGGAGCCCCCCAUACACAGCAAGGAUCUUUGCAGCUGGUUUUGACUCCUCUAAAAACAUAUUUCUUGGUGAAAAAGCAGCAAAGUGGAAAAAUCCUGAUGGCCACAUGGAUGGAUUGACAACUAAUGGGGUGCUGGUCAUGCAUCCAAAAGGAGGGUUCACAGAGGAGUCUAAACCUGGAGUCUGGCGCGAGAUCUCGGUCUGUGGUGAUGUGUACACUCUGCGGGAGACCAGAUCUGCUCAGCAGAGGGGGAAACUGGUGGAAAAUGAGACCAACAUCCUCCAAGAUGGUUCUCUGAUCGACCUGUGUGGGGCCACCCUCCUGUGGAGAACAGCAGAUGGACUAUUGCACACCCCAACUCAGAAGCACAUCGAAGCUCUGCGGCAGGAGAUCAAUGCUGCCAGACCACAGUGUCCCGUGGGGCUAAACACUUUGGCUUUUCCCAGCAUCAACCGGAAAGAUGUGGUGGAAGAGAAGCAGCCUUGGGCCUACCUCAGCUGUGGCCACGUCCAUGGCUAUCACAACUGGGGACACCGCAGUGACACGGAAGCCAACGAGCGGGAAUGUCCCAUGUGCAGAACCGUUGGCCCCUACGUGCCGCUCUGGCUGGGCUGUGAGGCAGGUUUCUACGUGGAUGCUGGGCCCCCCACUCAUGCUUUCACCCCCUGUGGACACGUGUGCUCCGAAAAGUCUGCAAAGUACUGGUCUCAGAUCCCUCUGCCUCAUGGCACUCAUGCAUUUCAUGCUGCCUGUCCCUUCUGCGCCACACAGCUCUCUGGAGAGCACAACUGCAUCAAGCUGAUCUUCCAGGGGCCAAUCGACUGAUCUUACUUUGCAGUGACCACAAUAAAAGUUUUCUUGAAUGAUUUACUGUGAAGAUUUUUGCCACUAACUCUCUCUAGAUUUGACCUUUUUUUAUAAUGUUAUUAAUAGGGUGGUAAGGGUGGGGAUGGGGAACUGCUGAGGCGAUUGAGGGACUGUGGUGGAGUUGGGAUACACUGAUACCUGGAACUUGACAGAUAUCAGUGGUGUUUGCAUGCUCAAAAGCAGCAUAUUCAUGAAGUCUUCUUGGUCAAAUUGUAGUAUAUUUGUAAUCUUUUUAUUGGUACCCUGGGUAAGACAAAGGUGUCUUAAAUGAUUUUUUUAAGCUAAGAUUUUUUAAUGGAAAGGUUUUUUCUUCUAAACUUUGACAAGCCUUUAAAACCUAUUUUUCAAAUCUAGAAGGAACAUACAGAAUGUAACUGUCUUUAAUUUGCAAUAUAAUUUAACUUGAAUAGUUUCUCAAGGAGCUAAUGCAGAAUGUGUGGACAACCAUAGGUGAAUGUUCACUAGAGAUAAUUGGAUAUGUAAGAGAAAAAUUAGCUGCCUAAAGUGUAGAGGAUAAAAGCUAUUAAAAUAUCUAUUAUGGUAUAACACAGCUGGCCAAAAAGGCAUCAAAGAUUACUUGAAACUGAGGAAAUCCUGUUUGCAUUGAUUUCCUUUCAGUGUAAUAGUUAUCCACUGGCCAUUAGGUAUGGUAGAUGGCUGAUUUUUUUUGUUUAAUUUCUUUUACUUUUCCCAUUUAACUUGCAUUUGGUGAAACCACUUUACUCUUUUGCAUACUUAGUUCUGGGGUUUAAGCCAAUGUGUAGUUUGGCCUUUUUAUUUCUGUUUCACUUAGGUUCUCCUACCUGUUCCUUGCACACCCAAGACCUCUGGGU